AUGCUAUGGCUCCAGAGUUCUCCGGCCACCUUGCACCUUCACGCCAUUGUUUGUCGUCGAUCAGCUAGCAGGUAUUUUGCUGUGGCUAGAUGGAUUCAUGCAGGACCGUCAACUCCAUUAUACGAAUCUAAAUAUGCAGAGAGGCUUCAGCAAAAAGCACAAGAGCAGGGAUUAGAAUUAUCUGAACUGAGAACGCGAGCAAAAGAAGCAGCUCGUCGUAAGGAAGUGGCCAAUGUCAAGUCAGCGCGACUGUCGCAGGCGCAUCCGCAAAGGUUGAACAAGUCACCUUCAGAAUUGGUUCAAAGCAAGGUAUCAGGAACUUCGAGCGUCCGCAAAGAUAGCUCUCCGGUGAAAGCACUAGAAUCGAUCAUAAACGUUCAAAUGCUGAUGUCAACUCCUCAUACCGCGGAGCAAAUUUCGGCCUUAUGGACUACUUAUCAUGCCUCUCGCACAGGAGGCACGGGAAGGGGAUUUAUCUGUGCAGCGGUACCGAUCAAACUCUACAACAAAAUGCUUGCUAUAGGAAAACAAUAUCCCAUGUUUGUCAUGCCUGUCCCUCGGGAGGGCUCUUCAGCCGUAUCACCUGAAGGCCAAGAAAGUGCGGUCGCCCACGAAUUCUAUUUUCUACAAUGGGAUUUUCACGCUCCCCCAUUGCCUCCAUCUGCCACCGGUCCCGACCUAUUCUCUCGCGCCCCUCCUAGUAACGCAACUACCCUGCCCCAGACAGCGACGGUCUUGUUUACACCGCUCCAGGAGUACAAGCUUCGGCAGUCGUUCGCGACCCCGUAUCUCAUUCUAACAUUCUACCCCGACUUUGCUCAGACGCACGGAAUAGUGCUACUUCGCGGCGAGAUCACGCCAUCAGCAGCUACGGCGGCCGCUAGUCCAAGUCCAGGCACGCCAGCCGCCCGUUUCUUUUUGAGUCAGAUUGAUGCUCAGCUGCUUGCAAUGGGCGUGCAAAAGUUUUAUUUGUGGGGCAAUGAGAGUGAAGAUAGUAGUCAGAAGGGGGAUCAGAAGGCUGAAAAGCUACUCAGGCAGUUCCACGAACAGCCCGAGGAGUUUAAUUGGGCAGAUCUGCUUGAACAUGCACGUCUUACCUCCUAG